AUGGGUCGCACCCAUUUAUUUGUUUAUUUCGUUCCCCGAAACUCAGACAGGCAGAGACGGGGAGUGACUAGUGGAGCUCUAACUUAGCUUUCACUCACUCUCUCUCUCUCUCUCUCUCUCUGUCUUCCCCAUUUCUACUGUUGCGAGAAGCUUUGAGUUCCACUUUGCCUUCUCUUGCUGUUGCUCGCGAAAUCUUUCGAUCUCUCUCUGGCUAAAAUGGCAGCUCAGUCCAUAACAAAGGGAAAUGAGAAAUCAAAAACAAUGGAGGUACCCCUCGUAGAGCAAGAUGGAGCCCAUCUCUCCAAAUCUAUUCCCCGUUUAGAGACCUUUCUAAGGUUCUUUGGCUUUUGUCAAUACUCAGUUUUAACCUUCGUAAUCUCUUGGCUUUCUUUUCUGCUUCUGGGUAUUGUUCUUCCGGUCUUUAUGAUAAAAUUUUCUGCUUCUGCUUAUGUUGAGAAAUACCAGAUCAAUAGUUUCGAGUUUCAGAUUUUGGUGUUUCAAUCUCUGGCUGCUGCAAUUUCUCUUGUUUGCAUUUCUCACAAUUUGAGAAAGUAUGGGGUGAGGAAUUUUUUGUUUGUGGAUAGGUCUCAUGGCUACAUUACUGAGUUUCGUGACGAAUAUAUCAAGAAGAUACAUGAUUUCUUCUUCUUAUUGGCUGUAUGGGUAAUACCAUGUCUGCUUCUAAAGAUUGUUCUUGAGGUCAUUCGUAUUAUUCAUGUGCAUCGUGAUCCUUGGUGGCAAUCUGUUCUAAUAUCGAUUGCUUUGAUAAUCUCUUGGACUUAUUCAAUUAUUAUCUUUUUAUCUGGAUGUGCUCUAUUCAAUCUAUUGUGCAAUGUGCAAGUGAUACACUUCGAAAAUUAUGGGAAGCUUUUGGAAAGGGAUAUGGAUGUUUCUGUAUAUAUUGAGGAACAUAUUCGACUAACACGCUACCUGUCUAAAAUAAGCCACAGGUUCCGAAUAUUUUUCAUUCUUGAGAUCUUGGUUGUAACUGCCUCUCAGGUUGUGGCUUUGUUUCAAACCACAGGAAACAAAGAUAUUAUCACUCUCACAAAUGGUGGUGAUUUUGUAAUUUCUUGCAUUGCUGAGCUUGUUGGCAUAAUCAUUUGCCUGCAUGCAGCCGCAAAAGCCACACAUAGAGCUCAAGGUGUUGCAUCAAUUGCUGCCAAAUGGCAUUCUUUAGUUACUUGCAACUCUAGUGAUGCAGCUAUAACCAGUAGCAGUGGAAAUUUGGAGGCUCCCAAUAUUGCCAGCUUAUUACGUGUUGAUUGCUCAGAAAGUGAUCUUGAGUCAGUUGACUACAUGCCAAUGCCAACCAAUACUCAAUUGACUUCAUCAUAUAACAAGAGACAAGCUUUUGUAACAUAUUUGCAGUCCAACCCUGGUGGUUUUUCUGUUUUUGGAUGGAGGAUUGAACGGACACUCAUCAACACUAUCUUCUUUCUCGAGAUAUCACUUGUUCUUUUUGUGCUCGGGCAGACCAUAACUUUCACUUCCGAGUAAUAAAACCCAGCAAUAUCAACACUCUGUUCACCCUUUUUAUUUUGGUUUUUGGGACAGGGUGCAGUACUAUUGCAUUUUGAUAUGGUUUUCACAUCACAUGUAUUCACCAUUACCUCUACGGCUAUAUGUUUAUUUCUGCUCAUAAUACGAGUUAUGUAUCUUUUUUGGAGCAUAAUACACUUACGUUUGUUUUUUUUCUCUUUACCAUACAGCAGCCAUGUGUUAGACGUUAGCAGAUUGCUAUCCUUUUAAUGUUUUUACUUUCUAAACUUUUAUAAUA